UGGGCGGUCGUCUUUGUUAUCUGGAGGCAUGUUAUCUAUCUGGAUAACAAACACACUUGUUAAAGUGUAUAUUUAGAUCGAUCACAUUCAGGACGCUGUAAGUGUCAACAAUCGAACUUGGUUUCAAUUCAAAAUUGAAAGGCGCAAUGGAACAAUUACAUCUCUGUUACAGCCUUUUCGUCCUCCUUUGGUUCAUGGCACCUGCAAGCAGUCGAUUGUUCUUGACUCCUUACAUCUACUCAGGGGCUUUCCAAGCUGCAAGGCAACAAAGUCUCGUCCUAGAUGAAGAUGGAAUCAUUCCCAGAAGCCACUCCGGCUUCAUUACUGUAGACAUGAGACUAGGAAACCAUCUGUUCUUCUGGUACUUUCCAGCGUUAGAUUCACGCGCACCGCUUCUGGUUUGGUUGAAUGGAGGUCCUACUGUGUCCUCUAUGAUUGGACUAUUUUACGAGAAUGGGCCCAUGAGGACUUACUGGAGACAGAACGGGGAAGUGGAUUAUAUCGCGUGGAACAGCUCCUGGACUAACUCCUUCUCAAUGCUUUAUAUUGAUAACCCAGUUGGUACUGGAUUUAGUUACACUGAGAGUGAGAAAAAAGGAUAUAGAACAACUCAGGAAGGCUACGCUAAAGAUCUUUAUCAAUUUCUAGAGCAAUUCUACAAGAUAUUCCCUGAAUGUUUAAAAGUAGACCUCUAUAUAGGAGGCCAGUCGUAUGCCGGGAAAUAUGUUUCUUCUUUUGGGUACCACUUGCACCGUGAAAUCAAACAUGGAAACUCUACUUUACCUUUCAAAGGGAUCUACAUAGGCGGUCCCUAUUUCGAUCCCAGAGCCCAAUCUGAAUACACUGCUGAUUAUUUCUACACACUGGGAUCGCUCUCUCACAAACAGAAGUUGGACUUCAAAAAAAAUAUCCAAAAGUUCUGGAAAAAGUACGAGUCAGACUUAAGAGACACUAAAACCUUUCACGAAAUUUUCCACAUUUUUUUUCCUGAGCUCAGCACGGAUAAUUACGAAACGCUGAAGCGCGCCACUUAUGAAGCUAUCGAAGUGUUGAUGAAUUCAACCAGGAUGAAAACAUUGGUUCACGCCAAAGGUGCAACAUUUUCGUCCAUGAAUAGCAGUAUGCAGUUGAAGUUUUCGGAUGACUUUUUGGUGAGUGCUAAGCAUAAGCUGGGAGUGCUCAUGGACAACUACAAGGUAAUGGUCUUCAACGGAGACCUGGACGCCUUGACCUCCACGGUGAUGGUGGAUGCUGGUCUGAUGGUCACGCCGUGGUCACUGCAAGGGGCAUAUAACUCGUCCACGCGUCAACCCUGGAUUAUGGGUGGUACGCUGGUGGGAUAUUAUUCCAUGACCGGAAAUUUCUGCCGCGUGAUUCUUCGUCAGUGCGGGCAUCACGUGCCGCACGACCAGCCGGAAGUGAGCCUCAUUAUGAUGCAGCAGUUUGUUGAAUUAGGAUGUGCUAAGUCUAAUUUCGAAAUUGACAAUGAAUUUGAUUACCAAUGAAAAAGAUGUUUGCUGAGAAAGAUGCUUCCUGCGAUAGUAGUUCAAUGAUGUUAAUGGACCUCAUUCACCGAUCGUAAACAAGCAACAUUUAGUCACGUGAUAAUAUUGAUAAAACAAUGAGGAAAAAAACGUAUCACGUGACAGCCUGUGUGUAUUAAGUAAUUUGUAUUGAAGAGAUAGAGAAUCACGUGGCUAAAUGUUGUUUGUUUACGAUUGGUCAAUGAGGUCCAUUACGUAGUGGUGUUUUAGCUUUAUAAUGCUGUUAGCUGUUAAAUGAUAUAAGUUUUUACUAAUCCUAUAUCUGCCUCACGUAUCUGUUGAACUGUCAGUCUCCUUCUGCGCCACUGACCAGGAGAGAAUGCAUACUAGCGGCUUUCCUAUGGAUAUUGUGUAUUAAGUAUAUGUCAAAUUAAGUUUAACUAAGAUAAAUGUAAUUGUUGGUAAGUUUAAAGUAUUCCUUCUUUCAUUGACCAAAACUGAUAAAAUGAUAUAUGGAGAGGGAAAUUGAAAGUACAAAUAGCCUUCCAACAUGUUUUGUAAUAUAUAUAUAUAUAUAUAUAUAUAUAUAUAUAUAUAUAUAUAUAUAUAUAUAUAUAUAUAUAUAUAUUAGAAAUUAUCAGUCAGUUUGUUUGUAUUGCAAUAAUAAUAUAUAGCUUAAAAUGUUUGUUUUGUAAAAUAUUUUACAUGUUUCGGAUGUUCCUUCAGAGUUGAAGGUAAUUACUUUCUAGUCCAAACCUCCCGCAGGACGACGGGGGAUGGGAGCGGGCAGUGUUUGAACCCUGGACCAUCGAUAAAUCUGAAACGACAGUCCAGGGCGCAAACCGCACGACCAGGCAGCUUAGGCUAUGACUUAUGUAUCUAUCUGUCCAAUGUACAUAUAUAUGGAAAGUGUACACAAUAGUUAAUCCUCAUUUCUUCAAUUUAUUGGUUUAAAAAAAAAAGCACAAUUUAAAAAAAUGAUAUUAUAGUUUAAAUAGAAAAAUAAAAUAUAACUUCUUUUAUACAGUUUUGAUAAUAUAGAAUGAUACAUUUCUUUUAUACAUGUUAUUCUAUUUUGUUUACAAAAAGUCUAUAGAGUUCUCUGUCAUUGUACUACGAAAAUAAUAUACAAACAAAUGUAUAUAUCAAAUAAUGAACAAUGGCAACUGUCUUAAUGUAUUUAUGAAAAUGCCAUUAAAAAGAAACGAAAUCAAACAAAUUAAAGAAACAUUUUCUACUUCUUGUCCUACUAAAUAUAAGAACAUCGUUAUUCCUCUUAUACGCUAAGACUAUAUUUUCUUUAACUCUAUACCUCCGUAAUUAUUUUCCAUGUUCAGAACGAAGUAUUCAUUUUUCUUAUUUGUAUUUCACUAGCCUGUUAGGGUUAAACUUCAAUAAUGGUUCUCUUUUUAAUCUGAAAAUGUUAUAAUUGGAAUAGAUGAUUGCAUGCCCUUUUUAUAUAAAACGAAUUAAAGUUUACAAACCCAAAAAUUAUAUUAAUUUAAUGGGGUCAAAUCAACGAUGGCAUCGUUGAUCCGGAGAGAAAGAGUGAACAGAUAAAACUACCAAAUCUGAUAGUCGUCGUGAAUAGCCGCACAUGUAGGCGCGAUUUCAUAACUAGUGAUUAGUCGUUUUAAUUUUGAAAAAGUUGUUCUCAGCUGAUCAGUACCUAUCUUAUCUUAUCUUAUAUAAUACAGACGUUACUUCAAAAAAAGAAGGUACAGGUAUUGUUAUCAAAAUUAAAGCGACUGUAAAUAUUUUGGUAAAUUUCUUUAAAGUUAUUUUUUUUAACAUAUUGUAAAAACUGAUUAACACCGUGAAUGAAAUCAUUUAAGUUAGAUUGUUUAGAUUAGUUUGUCAUUUUAGCUGUCGUGUUUGUGUUUGUAAUGUUAUUACAGCGCCUUGAGCCUACAGUUUGUUUGUUAACAGCGCUUUAUAAAUAAAAUUAUUAUUAUUAUUA